AUGGCUGAAGGAAAACGAAAAUACGAUACCAAAAAUACAGCAUCGUUCUUGUUAACUAAACAUGCAGAAUAUUUUCCAGACGAUCAUAGGGUGAAGAUCGUUAUUGUUGGUAGCGGUCAUACUGGAGUUGCUACGGCAAUUGCUAUUCUAUUUAAGCGUCUAGCCUCAGAACUGGUCUUCAUAGAUACAAAUGAUGAUCUUGCUAAAGCGGAAGCUGAAGACAUUGGACACGCUGCUGCUUUCCUAGGCAACCCGAAGAUCAUUGGAACUAAAGAUUACGCCUUGGCAAGAGAUGCCGCGGUAUGCGUGAUCACAUUGGGAGAUAAAUCUCAAGCGAAUCAAGAUCCCACAGAACUCCUCCAGCAAAAUUUAACUACCUUCAAAGUCGUCGUACCUAAUGUAACUAAAUAUGCACCUAACAGUGUCUUAGUGAUUGUUACCAAUCCAGUUGACAUAUUGUCGAACGUGGCUAUGAAACUCUCAGGUUUCCCACCAAAUCGAGUUAUUGGCCUUGGAACGUUUUUAGACAGCUGUAGAUUUCAAUAUUUCAUAGCAGACAAAUUGGGACUAGCUGCUAAUUCGGUUCAAGCUUCUAUCAUCGGAGAAAAUGGAUCGUCAUCCGUACCAAUUUGGUCCGCUGUCGGUGUAAUGGGCAUGAAACUGAAGGACAUCAACAAAGAGAUUGGUACGAAGACGGAUCCUGAAGCUUGGGGAGAAUUGCAUGCUAAAGUUAUAGACGCUGAUAGCGACAUCAUCACUGGUAAAGGUUAUUACAACUGGGGAGUUGGAAUCUGCGUUAGUGAGAUAGUUGAUGCUAUUGUGAGAAACACGGGUAUCUGUGUGACAGUGUCGACGUAUCUUAAGGGUUGUCGACAUGGUUUAGACAAGGACGUUUACAUGUCAUUGCCUUGUAUAAUUGGUCGAAAUGGUGUACAGUCUCUCGUAAGAUAUCUCUAUACAAAAGAAGAACAGGAAAUGAUGGAAAACUCCUGUCGUCGAAUCUACGAAAUGCAGAAAUCAACUUUGGAAAAUCUUUUCUAA